GGCGCCAGGGCCGCGGUGCGUUGUAGGGCCGCCCGCGGAGUAUGGCCGGCAGGGGUGCGGGCAGCGGCCCGCAGGGACCCGCCGUGGCACAGCCGCCCGCCGGCGGUCACCUGUACCCUGUGGUGAGCGCCGAGAGCGAGUGCCUGGAGGAGGAGGGUGAGGUUUCGGAGCUGCGGCCGCGGGGCAGGGAGAAGGUCCGGCGGAGCACGUCCAGGGACAGGCUGGAUGACAUUGUGCUGCUGACGAGGGACAUCCGGGAGGGGGACACGCUGAACGCGAUCGCGCUGCAGUUCUGCUGCUCGGUUGCAGAUAUCAAGAGAGUUAACAAUCUUAUCAACGAUCAAGAUUUCUUUGCCCUGAGGUCUAUCAAAAUUCCGGUGAAAAAGUUCAGCGUAUUGACUGAAACGCACGUCCCUCCAAAAGGAAGGCCAGUCUUUCGGCCCGCUCUCUAUUCCCCAGAAGUGCAGGAGACAUCACUUUCUGAUAAAUUCUCUGCUAAUGAGACUGCUGGCAACUUCUUAAAAGAAGUGGAUCGAGAUAUAGAAGAAAUAGUGAAGUGUAAUGAUACAAAGAGAGAGAACCUUAAUGAAGUUGUUUCUGCUUUAGCAGCCCAACAGGUCUGUUUUGAAACUGAUGGUAAAACUAAAAAAAGCAAGGAUCCUUACUACGGAGCAGACUGGGGUAUAGGAUGGUGGACAGCAGUAGUGAUUAUGUUGAUCAUUGGCAUAGUAACUCCAGUUUUUUAUCUCCUGUAUUACGAAGUUCUGGUGAAAGCAGAUGUCAGUCACCAUUCUACAAUGGAAUCUUCCCAUUUGUUUGUCACAGCAGUAUCGCAUCAGAAACAAAUAGAAAAUAGAAUAAAUCCAGCAAAUGUUAUCAAUGUUGAUAAUCAAGGAGACUUUCAGCAUUAACAGUGGAAUACCCCAUGUAACUGUUAUUGGUAGGCACAUAACAUAGUGUUAGGUAAAGGGGAAGCCACAGAAUGCAAAAUGUACUUGGAACGCAGUGGAAACAAGAACUGAUAUAUGACUUGCCCUCAUGGGUAGUGUUCCACCACAGGGAUAUUUCUGGGGAUCAUGUAAUCUCUGAAUAUGCCUGAGACAGGCAAUUUGCAAGACUGGGAUACAAAUUAAGCUAUAGAAUCGUCUCUGAUGCUUUGCACUUUUUUCUAUUUUGAUAGACAUAUGUUUUUUAAUUAAUGAUGAGGUGAAAAAAUAUAGUUUGAACUAACACACAAGGAGUCUCACUGUGCGUUUUACAGCCCAGAAAUGGGCAUAUGGGGAUAUCUUAACUUUUAAACAUCUGAAAGUAUUUACAGAAUUUAUAGUACUCUUGACAUUUUAAUAUCAGGUUUACAGUUGUCAAAAUGCUGUUCUCAUAUUUUUAUCUUUCUUAUAGAGUAAGAUUUUUUUUUUAGAACUCAAUCAUUCCAUAAUUAAUUGCCACUAUGAAGUUCUUUUUUUACAAGUGACUUCUACAGAGGCAGUAGCAAAUACUUAAGCCAGAAUCUUUAAUUCUUGUGCCUGUGGUCAACCCAUUCUUCAGUACUUCUCAAUGUAGGCAAUGGAACAAUUUGUUUUCUCUGUGUGAUACUGUGCUUCAAUACAGUCCAAUUGAGAGAAUCAUCCUGAAACUUCACAUUCUUCCGUGAUAUCCUGCUGAAAACUGACUGGACUGCAUUCUCAUCUGGUCAGCUGUGUGUAGGAAUGAAAGAAGUGCAGACGUGUGGCACCUUGCUGUAACAUCAAUUUGGUUUUCCCCCCUUCAGUCAAUCUCAGUUCAGGACCAACUGAUUCUUCAGACAGCAGUCAUGUGGGUUCUGAAUAUGCUAAUAGUCUUGUGCCUGUGAACAUCAAACACUUUUUCCUGAAAUCUCCUAGAAAAUUUCAAAUGAGGUUUAAUGCCUGAUAGCAAAUUGCAGCAGAAUAGACAACUUGUAGCUUCAGACUUGUUCUUUACAUGGUAGUGUAUUUUAUCAACUACUCUGUUCUUGAAUGUUUCACUUGGAGUUUCAUGGUCAACCUUGGUUUUCCCCUCUUUUUCUCCCCCGAAAGAAACAAACAAACCAACAACAAUCAAAACAAAACAAAAACCCACAACUCUGGACUCUUCAUACAGAAAGGAAGAGGUACUUGUGUACUCAGAAUACUUUUAAAUAAAAACUGAGAUGGUGCCUAUAAAUUUUUUUGUUGUGUUUAUCUUGUGGAGCAAAAUUCCGUUGCCCUGCUUAAAAUACUAUUUAUUAGCAAAACCCAAGAUUGAUUAACUUGAUUAUAGCUUAUAAAGAGAGAAGUGGAAAAAUAAUCAGUAUCCUUUAAACUAUUAUUGUAAGCUUUCCAUUGAGUGUCUUGCCUAACUAAGUAUGUAGGUGUAUAUACAUACAGUAUUAAAAAAUCUGGUAAAGUGAAUGUUUCCUUACUAUUGAGUUAUUUCAAAGUGCUUUAUCAGUUUCUGAGAGUAAAGACUUAGGCCCCAUCUAUUCUUGGGGCAGGUAGUCUUCACUGGCAUGCCAAGUGUAUGCACGUGAAUUGGCUAACUUGUAUUAUAUUGAAAUUGAGGGCAGGCCAAAGCUGGAGGGAAGAUGGUGUACAGUUAGGCAGUUAGGUGUGUGAACCUGUGGCUCUUAAACCCUUUGUUCAAAAGGGCACCUGUGGAGGUAGUGAACCUACUCAUAGUCUCUGCACUGGAGAUACAAAUAGGCAUGAACUUAAUGGUUCACAUAAUACUCGUUUUCAAAGAUCUUUUAUAGUAAUAUUUCUUUUCAUGAAGACAAUACGCCAAUAACACAAACAUAAACACUGAGGUAUUAAUUCUAGGUAAUGCUGUAUGAAAAACUGCAUUGCAAAAUACUUUUUGGUGGCUAAAGUGAUACAGCUUCUAGGAUUAAAACUUUAAAAGGACUUACUCUAAUCCAGACAAGAGAGCUUUGGCAUGUGAAGACGUAUGUUUUCUAUAAGGUAUGGAACUUGUUAUAUAAUGUGUCAACUUUUUUGCUGCAAGCUUAUUUACUAGUUUGCUUCUUCCCCCAUCACUGUGUUCCUGAAUUGAAUCGCAAUGGUUCUAAUACUUUAUCCUUCCAUUUCUUACAGAUUCGUUAAAACACAUUAAAUUAGCUAUUGUGAUGAAGCCUAAUUUACUGCACAACCUGAAUUGAUGGCUAUUAACCCAUAUAGCACUUUUUAAUUAGAGAGUUAACUUUAUCAGAAGAUAGUAGGUCUUUUUUCCAAGAUUGGAGGACUCCUGGUCCUGGUAAACUACAAGGAUCACGUGGCACAGCUUUCUAUAGGAUGCAAGGGUCUUUACUGAUUUUUUCCGAAGUACAACACAACUGGAAAUGCAUCAUCACAUCAGCUCUGAAUAAACAAGGUAGCUGCUCUGUAGGAAACUUAAAUCUGACUUAAGUUAAAACCUAAAAAGUUAGUGUUCUAGAAACUGACUUGUUAAAAAUAAAACCAACAAUGAAACAUAAAGUAACUGAGUUGUAAAUCACCUUUUGGAUUAAUUGCAACAUAUUGAUCAGGAAGUUGGUUUUAACUUAAGGUUGGAUAAUAUAAAAUUGAAAUGUUUUAAAUCUGCUAUACUUUGAUUACGUUGUCACAAACAGUCUUUGUAUAACUUUUAUAAAGCCUGAAAAUACAACUUUGUAAAACACUUCUGAGUGAGGAUGUGAGUCUUAUUUUAAAUACUUCUGGUCUUUUGCUUUUAGGAAAACAUAAGUAAUACAUGUAAAAUAAAGAUUUUAUUUUAGACAGCAGUGAAAGUGGUACAUAUAAUCUUAGCUGUACAUACUGUGCAUGUCUUUUUACAGGAGGCCCCUACUUGUAUUUGUUUUGGCCAAUUUUUAUGUAUGAUCUAAAAUAAAAAUCCUUGGCUAGCAAGCAUUUUGUUGGCAGUAGCUGCACAUAGCAUUUACAUCUAGCAUGCCAUAACUGCAGCCUUAAUGGUUUAUCCUGUUCAUGCCUUGUAAACUUGGAAGUUUUCCGCAUAAGUUUCUGAGAACUUGUUAAUUCCCAGAAGUAGAUAUGAAAAAUUA